AUGUCCAGCCUUGGGCUAAGCCAUCCUUUUCUGCAGCUGUUUGGUGCAGACAUCUCCUUUUGUCGUUCAAACAACCGAUGGUUUCUAGAUACGCCACUUGCGGCAGUGUUGGUGACGGUACUUCACGCGAUAUCCGCGAUCACCACCAUUGGCAGGUUGUAUCUCAGAGUGCGCUUUCGACGAUUCCGGUGGGACGAUGGGUGGGCAGCUCUGGGGCUCUCCGUCGUCAUCUCAGAUGCGAUCACCGCCUGGUUCAUCGGCACAUCCAUUAUUUGGGAGCUUGACUGUAUCAUGCCUAUGUACAUCUCGUAUGUCGACUUCCCCGUGAAUAUAGUAGCGAGUGUAGUCAUGGUUCUGACGCUCCUUUGGAUGGCACGAAACCUGAGCAAGGAUAGGAAAAGCAAAGUUCUCGUUAAAUGCUUCGGCGGAAGCGUCAUUUUCACCUGCGUUGCAACCGCUGUUCAUCUCGCCUAUGUGCCCAACGCUAGCUUCCUUGGUGGUGUGACAAUCGAUAUUCAGGGAACUGUCGAACUUUGCUCGUGCAACAUUCUCGCAUUUGUCGUAUUCGGCUGGAAGCUACUCAACCGUGGUGACGAUCUGGAAUUGCUCAGUGAAACGCAGGUUCAGACAGGAAGACAGACACAUCCAUCGAAGAGCUGGACAACUGUCGAUUUGGACGAACUUGGCCCACCACGUUCAACCUCGUGCUCACUUACUGUUAAUGAAGAAUUCCAACACGCGGAGAAUAGCAUUACCCAUGUUCGGACUUCUGAAAGUUCUGAAUCAUGGCAGCGGAGCAGCAUCGAACUCGAAGGAAUACGUGUCGCCGCUUUGCAGCUCAACAAAACGCUCAAAGUAGAGACGCGGAUGUCAAGGAGCCUGCCGAGACGGGGCGUACAUGUGCAGAGCGGUAAAACGACUCAACCUCCAUUCAGUCGGGACUUGCAGUGCCUAAGGGCUGUCAAUGAACUUUGCCUUGGGAACAGCCACAAGAACUCGCCGGCCACCCAAUAA